GCGGCCGCGCGCUCCCCGCCCCGGUGCAGCCCCUCCUCCCGGCCGUGUUUAUUAGGGGAAGCUGGGCGGAGGCGGAGGCCAGUUUCCCAGCUCCAGCCACCGCCGCCGCCGCAGCACCCAGCCAGCCUGGGGAAGGAGGGGAGGAAAGGGCGAAGGAGAAGACCAGAGCCGCGAGCUUGGGCGCCCCCGGCCCGCUCCGCCCGCCACCAUGAACCCCAAUUGUGCCCGGUGCGGCAAGAUCGUAUACCCCACGGAGAAGGUGAACUGUUUGGACAAGUACUGGCACAAAGCAUGCUUCCACUGUGAGACCUGCAAGAUGACACUGAACAUGAAGAACUACAAGGGCUAUGAGAAGAAACCCUACUGCAACGCACACUACCCCAAGCAGUCAUUCACGAUGGUGGCCGACACCCCUGAGAACCUGCGUCUUAAGCAGCAGAGUGAACUCCAGAGCCAGGUUCGUUACAAGGAAGAGUUUGAAAAGAACAAGGGGAAGGGCUUCAGCGUGGUGGCCGACACACCUGAGCUUCAGAGGAUUAAGAAGACUCAAGACCAAAUCAGUAAUAUAAAGUAUCAUGAAGAGUUUGAGAAGAGCCGGAUGGGUCCCAGCGGGGGCGAGUGCUCUGACCCCGAACGCCGAAAUUCCCAAGACAGUAGCAACUACCGUCGACCCCAGGAACAGCAGCAGCUGCCGCAUCACAUCCCAGCCAGCGCCCCUGUUUACCAGCAGUCUCAGCAACAACACCAGCAGCCGCAGCAGCAGCCAUCACAAUCCUAUGGCUACAAAGAGCCAGCUGCCCAGGUCUCAAUACAGCGCAAUGCCCCUGGAGCGGGCGGGAAGCGGUACCGUGCUGUGUAUGACUACAGUGCAGCCGACGAGGAUGAGGUGUCGUUCCAGGAUGGGGACACCAUCGUGAACGUGCAGCAGAUCGACGACGGCUGGAUGUAUGGCACUGUGGAGCGCACCGGGGAAACAGGCAUGCUUCCUGCCAACUACGUGGAGAUCAUCUGAGCCCCGCGCUGCGCCACCCCAGCUCCUGUCCUGCCGCCCGCCCACCUCAUCUUCAAUGCAUUCCUCCAUCGCGCUCCUGUGAGACGUGAACCUCUCUCUCCCCGUCAGUAGUUUCUGUUUUUUAGACUCUGAGACAGGUUGUUUUUCCCCCACUCUCAGUUUCUUUGGCCAAUUUAAGCUGUUUCCUCUCGCUGAGCCCUCUCACCCUUUUCUGUAGGCCUACUCUCCCAUAGGGAUUUAUCCUUCUCUCCUCUCCCUCGUCUUCUCUCUGGGUUUAGCGAAUGGGAAAUCUCAUCCAGGAGGGGAGCGUAAGGUCGUGGGGGAUGGAUGGAGGGACAGGGACAGGUCAGUGACUGAGAUUCCAUGUGGCCUCUUGGGAACAGUUGCUCCUGAUUUCUCUGUCUCCUUCCUUUUCCUUCUCUCCACUGGACCUGUCCUCUCCACCCUUUCCCCCAAGCAGAAUAAACAUUCCAGGGUUCCUGAAGUUCCUCGUCCUCUCUCAGCUUCCUCUGAGGCUGGGACAGGGAAAGGAGGAAUAACAGGGUCUUAGGGACCAGUGAGAGGUUGGUCUGUUUCUCACAAGGCAAAGCUUGGGUUUGUACUGGGCUUUCUUUCUGUGGCCUUUCCACCUCUUGGUCUUGUUCAUCUCCUUCAUUAGCUUCCAUGUUUGUAUAGAGCUAGGAUCUUCAUUAUCUAAAAAGUGAAAAGUUGGGGUGGGGAAAGGAGAUUCCCAACCAUUCCUUCAGUUUCAGGUUUAUCCAUUCUUUCUCCCCACCCCAGCCCUGUUUUCUCCCUCUUCACACUGUGACUUAACCGAGGCAUCCAGAUUCAAAUAGUGUAGCUUAAAGAACAGACCUGACCACAGUCCCUGUUUAAACAUUUCUGUCUUUCAAUUAACUCCUCACAAGAAGCUACAGAACUCAGAGAAGUCUGUGUCUCACCUUCAGUGCCCCAGAGCUAGGGCAAAGCAGGGGAUCAAGGAGGCAUACUGCAGGACAUCUGCUUCCAAGGGGGCUGGAGCUCUUCUCUGUCCCAGCACCUCGUGUCUGGGCAUCAGUAGGGCAAAAAAGAGGGAGCAGGGUGGGAACAAAUGCAACACCUUAGAUGGCAGAUCCAGGCCCAGCUUCCUUCAAGGGCUUUCUAUGGACCUGAUCAGUGCCUAUUUCAUGAUUAUUCCCAUUAAUGCUUCUUUGCUGUCUUAUUAAUCUAUCAUAGAGGAGAACAUGGUAGAUUGGGGUUCUCUGGCCCCACAUUUCUUUCCUGCCCUACCCCAGUCUGGUUGCUAAAUGAGCCCUGAGCUUUGCUAACUUGGCAGGAGCCUCGGUGUCUAUGGCUCUUCAUACAGGGAGAAAGGGACAUCUAUGGGUCGUUCCGUGUCCCUUUUCUAUGUGUGGGUCACUGUGUACCCAUCUGACUUCUCCCAACAUCUGCCCAAUAUGGAGGUUGUUGGAGGAAGGGAAGAACUAAUCUGAGAGUAAUGGCUGUCCUAGACUUUUUGGAUUCCUUCUCUUUCUGGUCACCCUUCCUCACCCCCCACCACAGAUCAAGUAAGCAUGCCCAUCCCUCUGUCCCCCUAUUCUGUCUGCUGGGUAAAAAUACCUAAGUGUACAUAAUGGUGGGAAACUGGGAAAGUCCCCUUCCUUUUGUAUAUGAUUUUACAAAUCAAAAGAAGUGCCAUCUGAUUGGCUUUGUAGAACUGCCCCACCCUCCCACCCCCCAUCUUUGGAAUGGGAACAAAGGAGAGGAAAUGGGGAUGAGUUCUUUCUCCUGAACAGAUUCACUGUACGACUAAGUGCUUGUACCCACUCUGACCCUCACUGGCUGUUCAGGACUUCUGGGUAGGGGUAUGGAUGACUUGGCACUUGCCCAGCCUCCCCUCCCCCCCUCCCAGCCCCCUCACCUCCCAGGAAUGGGCAGCAUGGCCUCUCCUGCCCUAACUCCCCAAACACCCACCAACACAGACCUCCACUUGGGGGUUGGUCCCAGGACAAACCUAAUAACUGGAAACUGCUCCCCCAAAGCUGGAGCUCUGGCUGCUGGGGGAGGAAUGGCAAGAUGGUGCUAUAUCAAACUUCCCUUCUUCCCAUCACCAGCAGCUGUGGAAAUCCUCCCUGGGCUCUGGAGGGUCAAGCCUCUUCCAUGUCUCUGGGAUCUGGGUGUCGCUUCCGUCAGUUCUUUGUCUCAUUUGGUCCCAAACGCCCUCACCAGCCUCUCCACCAUCCAAGCGGCAGUGAUAUCUUUGUACAUGCGAUGAGAGUGAUCAAAGAAAAGAGCUCAUUUGACAAGCACCAAAUCAUCAGGGAUUUUUUUUUUUAGAAUGUGGUUAUGUGUUGGCACUAGAAUGUUUUCCAAACAUUGCUGGGGAGCAGCAUUUCCUGCCUCAGCCCUUUUUCUGACUUUGUCCCAGCUUCACAGAGAAGGAGAUAUGGUGGGAUAGCAGGAGUGUUUCAGGUUGGCAAGCUGAGGGACUUGGGAUGCAAGAGGAAAUAUCAGUGCCUUGGCAAGUUUCUUUCUGGAGAGGCAGUCCAAGAAGCUAGAGUGGGGAGUUGGCCUAUUUCAUGAAAAUCUCAAAGCACAGUGUUGACUCUGGGACCAAAGACUGUUUUGAAGAGUUAGGGUUGGUUGGUGGGAAGAAACAGUACAGAUAGAAGGGAAGGCUUGAGGGACGGCAGCAAUAGGACAAAAUAACCUAUUUUCACACAUCUCAGUUUACCUCCUGUAAAGAGCCAAUUUGAGCCUAUAGACCCCUCCGACUUGUUUUUCAUAAUCUCCUCUUUUCCCUGAUCUUGGGAUUAAGAUACAGUGGGAUACAGGGUUGUAGUGGAUUUCUCACCAUCAGUUACUCCCCAAGCAGUAUAGUGGGGAGUAGGGUACAGGGAUGGGGUGGGAAGGGUGGGGAGGGGGAGAAUGUUGGACUGGGAGGAUUUCUCAUUAAAGGUCUGUCAUACCUGAGCCUGGCAUGAUGAAGGUGUUUCUGGCCUAGGUUCUCCCUGUUCCAGUAGGGGUGGCAGCCUGGGAUCUCCUUUUCUUAAAGUCCUCAGCUCUUAAAGUUAAUUCUGAUCCAGGAAAAACAAAACAAAACCACAACAUAACUGUAAUGUGAAUUUUACUCAAAUGGGACCAAAACCAGAAAUAUUUGCAAGAAAGGAAGAUGGUUAAGAAUUGUGAAUUCUCUGUGACACUGGUUUACUUGUUCUCUUAUCUCAUUCCCUCUUUUUCCUUUUCUCCCUCGCCCCUUCCCCUUCCCUAUAUUGGGGAGUCCUGGGGGGCAGGGAAGAGAAUUUCUUCUCUGCUUGAUUUCUGCCUUUCCUCUCACAUACGCACUUUUGGGCCUUUGUUUAUAACUGAAAAACACCUAAACCUGUAUUUAAAAAAAAAAAGUAAACAGAAAUGACCCUGUUAGAUUUGCCUCUGUGUAAACACUUUUUCCAUAUGUGUGUGUGGCGUGUUCAUUUGAAGCUUCGAGUUGUGUUUUUAGUGCUGGGCUUUGGAAAUUAAUCUUUUUUAUUUGGGGUUGUCUUUUUUCUCCCCCCCCCCUUUUUUUUUGGAGGGGUGGUGGUGGUCUGUUUUGGUUCCCUCCCUGUGGGCAUGUGCCCAGGAUCAAAUUUUUCUGGCCUUUUUAAUUCAGAAUGGUUGAUAGACCCACAAGGGAAUCCUCUUGGCGACUCAAAUCAAAAUAAAAAUAUAAUUUUUACCUGCUGA